AUGGGCACCCUUGAGGGACACCUGUUGCCAGGGAUAUGCUUGCUCUUCUUCUCAUUCUACUACUCAGUGCUGGUGUCCUUGGCCCUGCUACGGGGACAGAGGUUUUUCAAGCUCCCUCUCCCUCCGAAGGAGAAGCGAGAACACAGCUGGAAGCCGGUCCCUGUGGAAGGAGUGGUGAAGGUCGUCAUCAGCCUGACUGGCAUUUUGGGCGAGUUCUUCUUCCCUCCAGGAGUCAACCGGAUGAAGCUAGUCAAUUGGGAGGACCCUCAGCGGCCAUUCCUAUUCUCGGAAAACUGGUAUCAUAGCACCAUGUACGGGUUCUUCAUGCUCAGCGGUGUGGCAGACAUUGUGAGUCAGUCGUGCCUGGCACGGCAGAGUAUUAAGCUGGAGCGAGCGGCCGAGGCCCUGGCCUUCUGCAUCCUGGCGCUGCUGCUGAUGGCACACCUUGAGAACAGGAGCGCCCUGGAGAUCCGUGUGCACAUCCUGUUCAUUGUGCCCGCCUUCCUGGUCAGCCUGGUGCUCGCCAUCGAGGUCUGGGUCCCGGACCAGCCCCAACUCUGGGUGCUCAAGACCUGGUUGGGACUAGUGUUGAGCACCUGGAUGCUGCAGCUCUGCCUGGUGAUGUACUCCCCUCCCUCCGGGCAGUCCUGGCGAUCAGAAAACCACGAGGACCUCACUUUCCUCGCCAUCAUCUUCUGCUGGCACCUGGGCUUAGGGGCAGCCAUACUGGCCACUGUCUAUGGCAUCUGCAGCCUCUGGCAUCAUCACUGCUCCUCCUGGACAGAGACUUCCGGUGCUAAAUACCAGCCAUGCCCCACAGGCUACAGCAGUGACGAGCUGGAGAAACUCAGGGCAGGGGCCGAGCAGCAAGAUGGCGGUGUCUAG